GCCCUCUCGCCGCUGCGCCUCGGCCCCAUGGACAGCCUGUGCGGCUCAGGGGAGCUUGGCUCCAAGUUCUGGGACACCAACCUGUCAGUGUACACAGACAAUCCAGACCUCACAUCCUGUUUCCAGAACUCCCUGCUGGCCUGGGUACCCUGCAUCUACCUGUGGGCUGCCCUACCCUGCUACCUGCUCUACCUGAAGUACCACCGACAUGGCUACAUCGUCCUCUCGCACCUGUCCAGGCUCAAGACGGCCCUGGCCAUCCUGCUGUGGUGCAUCUCCUGGGCGGACCUCUUCUACUCUUUCCAUGGCCUGGUCCACGGCUUGACCCCUGCACCUGUCUUCUUCAUUAGCCCCCUGGUGGUGGGGAUCACCAUGUUGCUGGCUACCCUGCUGAUCCAGUACGAGCGGCUGCGGGGGGUGCAGUCCUCGGGGGUCCUCAUCGUCUUCUGGUUCCUGUGUGUAGUCUGUGCCAUCAUUCCCUUCCGCUCCAAGAUCCUUUCAGCCAUAGCAGAGGGCAAGAUCUCAGACCCUUUCCGCUUCACCACCUUCUACAUCUACUUUGCCCUGGUGCUCUCAGCCUUCAUUGUGUCCUGCUUCAAUGAGAAGCCACCAUUUUUCUCCCCAAAGAAUGACAACUCUAACCCCUGCCCCGAGGCCCGUGCUGGCUUCCUCUCCCGCCUGUCUUUCGAGUGGUUCACAAAGCUGAUCAUCCUCGGCUACCGGCGUCCCCUGGUGGCUCAGGAUCUCUGGUCCCUGAAUGAGGAGGACUGCUCCCACAUGGUGGUGCAGCAGCUACUCCAGGAAUGGAAGAAGCAGCAAAAGCGAGCAGCGGGACCCAAGGCUGCAGCAGCAUUGGAGAAGAAAGUCUCCGGUGAGGACGAGGUACUUCUGGGACACCGACCUAGGUCCUCGGAGCCCUCCUUCCUGUGGGCCCUGCUGGCCACUUUUAAGUCUGGCUUCCUCAUAAGCAUGGGCUUCAAGUUGAUCGAGGACCUGCUGUCCUAUGUCAACCCGCAGCUACUCAGCAUCCUGAUCCAGUUCAUUUCAAACCCCUCGGCCCCGGCCUGGUGGGGCUUCCUGCUGGCUGUGCUGAUGUUCGUGACCUCCACGGUGCAGACACUGAUCUUACAUCAGUACUAUCACUGCAUCUUCGUGUACGCCUUGAGGGUCCGUACGGCGAUCAUAGGUGUCAUCUACAGGAAGGCUCUGGUCAUCACCAAUUCAGUCAAACAUCAGUCCACUGUAGGAGAAAUGGUCAACCUAAUGUCAGUGGACGCCCAGCGCUUCAUGGAUAUGGCCCCCUACAUCAACAUGAUCUGGUCGACGCCCCUGAAUAUCAUCCUGACCAUCUACUUCCUCUGGCAGAUCCUGGGUCCCUCUGCCCUGGCUGGAGUGGCUCUCAUGGUCUUGCUGAUUCCAAUCAAUGGAAUGGUGGCCGUGAAGAUGAGGUCCUACCAGGUGCAGCAAAUGAAGUUCAAGGACUCACGGAUCAAGCUGAUGAACGAGAUCCUGGGUGGCAUCAAGGUGCUGAAGCUGUAUGCCUGGGAGCCCACCUUCCUGGAGCUGGUGCGAGGCAUCAGGCAGGGCGAGCUCCGGCUGCUGCGCAAGGGAACCUACCUCCAAGCCAUAUCCACCUUCACCUGGAUCUGCACCCCUUUCCUAGUAAGCCUGCUCACCCUCGGGGUGUUUGUGUGCGUGGACAAGAACAACGUGCUGGACGCCGAGAAGGCCUUCGUGUCCGUGUCCUUGUUCAAUGUCUUAAAGGCACCCCUCAACCUGCUGUCCCAGUUAAUCAGUGGCCUCACCCAGACCAGUGUGUCUCUGAAACGGAUCCAGCAUUUCCUGAAUCAAGAUGAACUUGACUCCCAGUGUGUGGAGAGAAAGACCAUCUCCCCAGGCUACGCCAUCACCAUACAGAAUGGUACCUUCACCUGGGCCCAGGACCUGCCCCCUACCCUGCACAGCCUAGACAUCCAAAUCCUGAAAGGGACACUGGUGGCCGUGGUGGGGCCAGUGGGCUGUGGGAAGUCCUCCCUGGUGUCUGCCCUGCUGGGAGAGAUGGAGAAGCUGGAAGGCAAAGUGUCUAUGAAGGGCUCUGUGGCCUACGUGCCCCAGCAGGCAUGGAUCCAGAACUGUACACUUCAGGAAAACGUGCUGUUCGGCCGAACCAUGGAUCCUAAGCGCUAUCAACAGGCUCUGGAGACCUGUGCUCUGCUAGCAGACCUGGAGGUCCUGCCUGGUGGGGACCAGACAGAGAUUGGAGAGAAGGGCAUUAACCUGUCUGGGGGCCAGCGGCAGAGGGUCAGUUUGGCCCGAGCUGUUUACAGCGACGCGGAUGUUUUUCUGCUGGAUGAUCCACUGUCAGCUGUGGACUCCCAUGUAGCCAAACACAUCUUCGACCACGUGAUCGGGCCAGAAGGUGUGCUGGCGGGCAAGACUCGGGUGCUGGUGACACACAACAUCAGCUUCCUGCCCCAGACAGACUUCAUCAUCGUGCUAGCUGACGGGCAGGUGUCUGAGAUGGGCCCCUACUCAGCCCUACUGCAACACGACGGCUCUUUUGCCAACUUCCUCCGCAACUAUGCACUCUAUGAGUGUCAGGAGCACCCCGAGGACAGCAGAAUUGCCUUGCCACAAGCAGACGAGGAGGAACUUCUGAUAGAUGACACACUCAGCAACCACACGCACCUGACAGACAGUGAGCCAGUCACCUACGAGGUCCAGAGGCAGUUUAUGAGAGAGCUGAGCACCAUGUCUUCAGAAGGGGAGGGCCAGAGUCGGGCUGUGCUCCGGAGACACCUGAGUCAAUCAGAGAAGGCAGCACAGGUGACCGAAGCGAAGAAGACUGGGGUGCUCGUCCAGGAGGAGACGGCCCAGACCGGCAAAGUGAAGCUAGGUGUGUUCUGGGAUUAUGCCAAGGCCGUGGGGCUCUGGACCGCGCUUGCUAUCUGCGUCCUCUAUACGGGCCAAAGUGCCGCUGCCAUCGGGGCCAACAUGUGGCUCAGUGCCUGGACCAACGAGGCCACGGUGGAAGGCAGACAGAACAACACCACCCUGCGGCUGGGCAUCUACGCCACCUUGGGGAUGCUGCAAGGGCUCCUGGUGAUGCUGGCGGCCUUCACCAUGGCCAUGGGCGGCGUCCACGCGGCGAGCCUGCUGCACGAGGCGCUGCUGUACAACAAGAUGCGCUCGCCCCAGUCCUUCUUCGACACGACGCCCUCAGGCCGCAUCCUCAACCGCUUCUCCAAGGACAUCAACGUCAUCGAUGAGAUCCUGGCCCCCUCCAUCCUCCAGAUGCUCAAUACCGUCUUCAACUCCCUCUCCACCCUCGUGGUCAUCAUCAUCACCACGCCGCUCUUCCUUGUAGUCGUCCUGCCUCUGGCUCUGCUAUACAUUUUUGCACAGCGCCUCUACGUGGCCACGUCCCGGCAACUGAAGCGGCUGGAAUCGGUCAGCCGCUCGCCCAUCUACUCCCACUUUUCCGAGACGGUGACUGGCACCAGUGUCAUCCGGGCCUAUGGCCGCAGCCACGACUUCCAGGUCCUCAGUGAUACUAAGGUGGACCACAACCAGAGGAGCACCUACCCCUACAUCGCCUCCAACCGGUGGCUGGGCAUCCGCGUGGAGUUCGUGGGGAACUGCGUGGUGUUCUUUGCCGCGCUGUUCGCGGUGAUCGGCAGGAACAGCCUGAACCCCGGCUUGGUGGGACUUUCAGUGUCCUAUGCCCUACAGGUGACAGCGAUUCUGAACUGGAUGAUACGAUCGAUGUCAGACUUGGAGUCUAAUAUUGUGGCCGUGGAGAGGGUCAAGGAGUAUUCCAGGACAGAGAUGGAGGCCCCCUGGGUGGUGGAGGGCAGCCGUCCUCCUGAAGGCUGGCCCCUGAAGGGGGAAGUGGAGUUCCGGAACUAUUCUGUGCGGUACCGCCCGGGCCUGGAGCUGGUGCUGAAGAACUUGAGUCUGCGCGUGAACGGAGGCGAGAAGGUGGGCAUCGUAGGCCGCACUGGGGCUGGCAAGUCGUCCAUGACCCUCUCCCUGUUCCGAAUCCUGGAGGCCGCAGAGGGUGAGAUCCUCAUCGACGGCCUCAACGUGGCAAACAUGGGCCUCCAUGACCUGCGUUCUCAGCUGACCAUCAUCCCGCAGGACCCCAUCCUGUUCUCGGGGACCCUACGUAUGAACUUAGACCCCUUUGGCCACUACUCGGAGGAGGACAUUUGGAGAGCCUUGGAGCUGGCCCACUUGCAUAAAUUUGUGAGUGCCCAGCCAGCAGGCCUGGACUUCGAGUGCACGGAGGGCGGGGAGAAUCUCAGUAUUGGCCAGAGGCAGCUCGUGUGCCUGGCCCGAGCCUUACUCCGCAAGAGCCGCAUCCUGGUGUUGGACGAGGCCACGGCUGCUGUUGACCUGGAGACUGAUGACCUUAUCCAGGCCACCAUCCGCACUCAGUUUGACACCUACACUGUGCUGACCAUUGCACACCGGCUCAACACAAUCAUGGACUAUACCAGGGUCCUGGUCCUGGACAAAGGGGUAGUUGCUGAAUUUGAUUCUCCAACCAACCUCAUUGCAGCUAAAGGCAUCUUCUACGGGAUGGCCAAAGAUGCGGGACUUGCCUGAAAUAUAUUCCUGGCAUUUCCACCUGGUCUUUUCUGGAAGGGAAACGACGCACCAUGUGUCUGCAGGAUGAACUUGAUAGCUAAUGGUGGGGGCACUUGUGAUAUUGUGCCUCUGUCGAAUGCCCCGUGGAAUAACCAGGCUUAGCAUGAAGGAGGCCCAAGAGCAGAAGGGCAGGCCCAAGGUCAUGGCUGGUUUGAAACAGCCCAGACUAGGUCCUGGAUCUCCUGAGUCCCAAUCUAACAUUAUUUCCACACUGCACUGUUUUUAAACAAUCAUUUCUUAAGAUGGCCUCCCUCCUGCCUCUCAUUUUUCGUGUUCUCAAGUAUUUUUUUAGUAAGGCUUUUUCCUCAUGGAACAGAGGACUGCCGGGUCAGGCUGUCCUAGGAACUGAGUCCUGUACUCCCAGUGCUGCCUGAAUCCAUUGAAAAUGGAGUACUGAUGAAAUAAAGCUAUGUGCCUAGCAAC